AUGGCGACUACUAUUUCCCAUGGCGAAAGAAAUUCUGGUUUUCAGGCAGGGGUGAUAAACGGCAACAUCGGAAAUGUCACGAUUGUACAAUCCGAAACACUGGACCAAGCAUGCCUUCGCGACUUGCGUGCGACCAACCCCGUCGAUGAUAAAGAACGGAUCAAGAAUACCAAGGGUGGGCUACUCAAAGACUCAUAUCGCUGGGUUCUUGAUAACGAAGAAUUCAGACAUUGGCAAGACAGUGAGAAAAACCGCCUUCUCUGGAUCAGGGGUGAUCCUGGGAAAGGAAAGACGAUGCUCCUAUGUGGUGUCAUCGAAGAGUUGACGAGGUUAUAUGGGGAUAAUGCGAGUAUCUCGUUCUUUUUCUGUCAAGCUACCGAUAUGCGGAUCAAUAGCGCUACGUCUGUCCUGAGGGGGUUGAUAUAUUUACUUGUCAAGAAUCAUCCAUCUCUUCUCCACCAUGUGCGAGCUCGGUACGACUAUGCAGGAAAGACUCUCUUUGAGGAUGUCAAUGCAUGGAAUGCACUGUCAACAAUUUUCAGGGACAUUCUAAACGACCCGACACUGCAGAUGACUUAUUUGGUAAUUGAUGCCUUAGAUGAGUGCACUAAUGGGCUCCGUUUCCUUCUAGACUUGAUUGUCCAGGAAUCAUCAGUCAAUCCACAGAUAAAGUGGGUUGUUUCUAGCCGCAACUGGCCUGAAAUCGCUGAGCGACUUGACAUUGCUACCCAGCUAGCUCCGAUCUCAUUAGAGCUGAACGAGGCAUCUGUGUCUGAAGCAGUGAAUCAAUUUAUUCAGCAUAAAGUUUAUGAAUUGGCAAAAGCGAAAAGGUAUAGCGAUAAAACUCGCGAUGGCGUUCAUUCCUACCUGUUAUCAAAUUCGCAAGGUACCUUCCUAUGGGUGGCCUUGUCGUUUCCUCCUGGGUUGGAUGCUCUUUAUGGCCGAAUGAUUGACCGAGUUCGCGAAUCUGAAGAUGCCGAGCUCUGCAAGGAGAUACUGGCAAUCAUGUCAACAGUUUUUCGGCCUAUUACGCUAUACGAACUAACUUCAUUUAUUGAACUACUGGACGACGACUACGAUGAUUUUGUUCCCCUUGAAGAGAUUAUUGCAAUCUGUGGGUCGUUUUUAACGGUUCGGGAACAAACUAUUGUGUUUGUUCAUCAGUCUGCAAAGGAAUUUUUACUCAAGGAAGCACUCAGUGAGAUACUUCCUAGAGGUAUAGAGGCUGAACACGACAUGAUAUUUAUACGAUCUCUCGACAUUAUUUUCAAGACACUUCAACGUGAUAUGUUGAACAUCAAAUUACCUGGACUCCACACGAAGGAUAUCUGCAAACCUAACCCAAAUCCACUAGCAGCGGUGGAAUACUCAUGUGUCUACUGGAUGGACCAUCUUGAAGCUAGCCUGGUUAAUGGAGCUUGUGAGCUGGGAGUUUAUCGCAGAGGUCGCGUGGAUACAUUUCUGCAUCAGAAAUUCCUCCACUGGCUCGAAGCUCUUAGUAUUUUGGGAAGUGUUUCUGAUGGCAUCCAAGUCAUGCAAAAGCUCGAGAUUUUGAUUGAGGGGCAUAGUGAUAGGGUCACGUUGAUUGCCUGGUCGCUAGAUGGAAGCCGACUCGCAUCAGCGUCUGAUGAUGAGAUAGUUAGGAUCUGGGAUCCGACUACUGGCCGGAGUAUAUUAACCCUUGAGGGGCAUAGUGAUGGGGUCAACUCGAUUGCCUGGUCGCCAGAUGGAAGCCGACUCGCAUCAGCGUCUGAUGAUGAGAUAGUCAGGAUCUGGGAUCCGACUACUGGCCGGAGUAUAUUAACCCUUGAGGGGCAUAGGGAUGGGGUCAACUCGAUUGCCUGGUCGCUAGAUGGAAGCCGACUCGCAUCAGCGUCUGAUGAUGAGAUAGUCAGGAUCUGGGAUCCGACUACUGGCCGGAGUAUAUCAACCCUUGAGGGGCAUAGUGAUGGGGUCAACUCGAUUGCCUGGUCGCUAGAUGGGAACCGACUCGCAUCAGCGUCUUAUGAUAAGACAGUCAGGAUCUGGGAUCCGGCUACCGGCCAGAGUAUAUCAACCCUUGAGGGGCAUAGUGAUUCGGUCUGGUCGAUUGCCUGGUCGCCAGAUAGAAGCCGACUCGCAUCAGCGUCAGAUGAUGAGACAGUCAGGAUCUAG